AUGCUUACUAAGAAGGUUCUGGCUUUAUUCCCAUCUUCACAAGGUUUGGAGGUUACUUGGUCAUCUGUUGUCAAAAUCGGGCAAUCUUUAUAUCGUGAGGGACCUGGUAAAGAUCCAUUUAGACCUGACCAGAAGACACCUGUGAAGAAUUUCUUCCUUGCUGGCUCAUAUACAAAACAGGAUUAUAUAGACAGCAUGGAAGGGGCAACUUUGUCAGGCAGGCAAGCUUCGGCAUUUAUAUGUGAUGCUGGGGAAGAGUUGGUGGCGUUACGAAAGGAGCUUGCAGCUAGUGAAUGCAAAGAACUAAAGGAAGCUUCUUACAACGCUGACAAGUUGAGUCUAGUCUGA